AUGUGCAACUCCUGUUGUGGAUCCUGCUGCUCUGGCCAGGGCUGUGGCUGCUGCCAGCCCAGGUGCUGCCAGACCACCUGCUGCAGGACAACCUGCUGCCGUCCCAGCUGCUGCUGCAGCCCCUGCUGUGGUGGGUGCGGUGGCUGUGGUGGCUCCAGUGGCUGUGGUGGAUGCGGUGGCUGUGGCUCCUGCUGCUGUCGCCCCAUCUGCUGUAGAACCACCUGCUGCAGGACCACCUGCUGCCGCCCCAGCUGCUGUGGCUCCUGUUGCUGCAGCCCCUGCUGUGGUGGCUCCAGUGGCUGUGGUGGGUGCGGUGGUUGUGGCUCCUGCUGCUGUCGCCCCAUCUGCUGUAGAACCACCUGCUGCAGGACCACCUGCUGCCGCCCCAGCUGCUGUGGCUCCUGUUGCUGCAGCCCCUGCUGUGGUGGCUCCAGUGGCUGUUGUGGGUGCGGUGGUUGUGGCUCCUGCUGCUGCCGCCCCAUCUGCUGUAGAACCACCUGCUGCAGGACCACCUGCUGCCGCCCCAGCUGCUGCUAG